GCCCGACUGAGUUUUGCUGCUCCGAUUGACUCGGAGCUUGCUUCGGACACGGUCCACUCGCCGUCCCUCGUGGAACCCCUCGGAUAGAGCUUCUCCUUCUUCCGUCAACUCCCCGUCGCCCAGGUGUUUUCUCCUCCGAAACGUGCUACAAACUAGUUCUACUUCCUUCUCCAACUUUCAUAUUAUUUUCGCCACGAUGGGCCCCCGAACUAGAUCACAGAAAGCCGCCGCUGAGCUGGAGGCAACCGAUCCAUCGCCUGCCGUUAACGGGACCUUGCAGGAUUCGCCAAAGAACAGUGCAUCAGUUACUGCUGAUGGGGAUGUGGAGGAAAAUGUGUUCCUUUUCGCUCCGAACUUGAUCGGAUAUGCGCGUGUUGUGUUGACGAUGGCCUCGCUCUACUAUAUGCCCCUCCACCCACGGACGUGCUCCCUCCUUUACAGCGUGUCGUGUCUGUUGGAUGCCCUGGAUGGAUAUGCGGCGCGGUAUUAUAACCAGUCUACCACAUUUGGCGCGGUGCUGGACAUGGUGACAGAUCGAUGCACGACCGCGUGUCUGCUCGUCUUCCUGAGCUCCGCCUGGCCACGGUGGGCCAUCAUCUUCCAGAGCUUGAUCGCUUUGGACAUGGCCAGUCACUACAUGCACAUGUACGCGACUCUUAGCAUGGGAGGUUCCAGCCAGAGUCACAAGAAGGUGGAGGCUAGUCGCAGCUGGAUCUUGUACCAGUAUUACCACAGCAGGACGGUUCUGUUCAUCUGCUGCGCGCUGAAUGAGCUGUUUUUCAUUGGACUGUACCUGCUCUCUUUCUCUUCCCCCACUCUGUCUCCUUCCCUCCUGCAGCCUGUGAGCACUGCCAGCCCCUGGAGUGCUGGGGCUCUGGAGAUGGCGCGUGCGAACAAGAUCGACAGCUUCUGGCCCUGGGUGAUCACUGGCAUUUCGGCUCCUGUCAUGGCUCUGAAGCAGUUCAUCAACGUUGUGCAGCUGGUCAAGGCGAGCAAGUGGCUGGUGGAGGGCGACAUUGCUAGCCGCAAGGCCAUGCGCAAUGGCAAGAAGAACUAAGCCAUGCUGUGACUGUUCAUGGCUGAAGCUGGCUUGAUCUAGCUACCAGUCAACUCGAUAAUGCCCGUUGGGCUACGUUUCCGGGUUCCGGAGGAGUGAUGUUAUGUUCCCCGACCGGGUCAGGUAUUUUCUGCAUGUUUCUGGUGCUUUGAUUGUUUUUGGACAGUCAAGAGUGAUCCAGGAGAU